AGGAUCCCCGAAGAGCCAGAAAGGAUUCCUGAGGAGCCAGAAAGGACUCCCGAGGAGCCAGAAAGGAUCCCCGAGGAGACAGAAAGGACUCACGAAGAGCCAGAAAGGACUCCCGAGGAGCCAGAAAGGACACCUGAGUAGACAGAAAGGACUCACGAAGAGCCAGAAAGGACUCACGAAGAACCAGAAAGGAUCCCCGAGGAGCCAGAAAGGAUCCCCGAAGAGCCAGAACGGAUCCCCGAGGAGCCAGAAAGGAUUCCUGAAAAACCAGAAAGGAUCCCCGAAGGGCCAGAAAGGACCACCGAAGGGCCAGAAAGGAUCCCCGAGGAGCCAGAAAGGAUCCCCGAGGAGCCAGAAAGGACCACCGAGAGCCAUCUGUGCUCCUGCCCGUGCACCCUGCGCUUCUCCCCGCUCCCACCGCCCGGCCGCAGCUCCCGCGGAGCCUCCGCCGGCCGCCUCUGCUCCCGCCCCGCAUCCCUGCGGCUUCUCUGGGGUGAAGAUGAGUGCUGAAGAGAUUCUGGUGCGUGCAGUAGAACUUGGAAAAAAUUUCUGCCUCUAUUUUGAUGAGCUGGAGUGUGAUGCCCUCUGCAAGGAAAGGACUCUGCACCGAGUGCUGAGGAAUGUGAAGAGCCAACUGCUCGUGGUGCGCCCCGACCUGAACGCGGCUGCCUUUGAGGACGUGACAGACCAGGAGAUGCAAUCUGGCAAAGGGAUGCAUUUCAGCAUUCACUGCUACAAAACCACCACGCCCUUAGCAGGGUUGCCCGUGGCCUUCAGUGUCCAAGUGGAAGACAAAAGUUAUUACAUGUGUUGUGAGAGGGAAAGUGGAGAAAUGAUUGUUAGGUUCAAGGAAGGAGAAAUUCCCAAAGAAAUUCCUGGUGAAAGCAACAUCAUCUUUUUCAAAAAGACAUUUACAUCUUGCUCCUCCAAAGCCUUUAAGUUUGAAUACUCAAUGGAACAAGGAAUGUUCUUGGCCUUUGAGGAAGAAGGCUACUUGAGAAAAUUAAUCCUAAAGAAACUGUCAAAAGAUGAAGUGGACGAAACCAUGAAGAUCAGUUUAUGUUAAGUUGAGUCAGAAUGAAAAUCACAACAUAUGAUGGAACACUUCAACAGUUUUAAAAUACAGCUUGGUUUUUACAGAGAAGAAACUUUAGUCUGUCUUUAU